AACACUUAAGUGACCUCGCCUCCUUUUUAAGUGGCACCUGUUCUUACCUGGAGCAGUUUGCUGCCAUGGCGACUGAAGCGUGGAGCCCCAGCGAGUAGAGACUCAGUCUCUCUGUGACAUCAUGGUUGAGCCUCUGGUACAGAGACCGGCGUCUGCUGACUACAAGCAUCGCUGCAGCCUUGCUGUGUUCUCCACGCACCGCGGCAUCCAGCUGUGGGCUGCUGUCUUCACUGAGCCGGAGCUGAGGAUCCAGAUCAGAAUCAGGACAGAGAAGCAGAGAGGGUGAAACAGCCAACCUACACUGUAAGGUCCCGCUGAGUGAAUUAGAGGCAGAGCUGGAGCCUGGCAGACACCAGCGAGCAGCGGUUCAGGCAGAGAGCUGCCUUCUAAGGGCAUGUUCACCGGUGUCUGGUUCCACACUGGGCUGAACGGGAACCGGACCAGAGGAAUCACAGGCUGGACAGUAAACCCACGGCCACACGCAAAUGAAAAGAGCUUGGAUCUCACCGUGCGACGGCUCUCCUGCUGCGAACGCUGCUCCGCUCAUCAGCCGUCACUGACACGCGAGCACAUGUGAAAUGUUGUUUCAGCAGCACAGAACCACGCACGCAGACUUGUGUUUCACAAUCGCUUCUUGGGAAAUGUUUACGAAAAAUUGCUUCCUGCAAUUGAAACUUGAAAGGGGCCUCUGGUUUUAUGAGCGAAGUCAAGCUACAGCUGGGACUAGAUGUUUCACAUUUCUUUACCUGCAGGUAACUCCAUCAAUCACCUACACAUGUUUGACAUUUUCGCUUUAAACAUUACCCGUAAGUAUAUUUAACCCAGCUGACAGACCUGUUAUGGCUCCCAUGUCUUCACCUUCACUGUGAGCCCAGAAUGUGACACCGUAUCCGAUUUAUUUCCUGCACAAGUAAUGUUUUUCUGUGCUUACGUCAAGUCUGGGUUUAAGAAACACCUGCGUUUUGUGACAUCACAAGUUGGAAAAUCACUUGUGGUUCGAGUUACACAAGUGUGACGUAGACGCUGGCGGCCGCCAGCCUCAGUCGCAGAUCAGGUGAUGUGCAACUGUCUUUUUCUUAUUAUAAAUGCAGCUUAUUCAUCAACAUUCAUUGUUUCACGUCUAUGAGAUACAAACACAGUCAGACCGGAUUCUGAGAUGCUGUGAAUGAAAAGAGAGAAGUCUGAAUGAAGCUGAAAAAAGCCAGAACAUGAUACAUAAACAGUGAUAAAUGAAGGUUCUCUGGAAACUGCCCUGGUAUUAAAGCUACUCAUCAGAACAGGCUAAUGAUUAUUAUUUAUUAAAUCAUUACACGCCAGUGUCAUGCAACACACAGUAACACACAGUGUUUUGUUAACUAAAAACAUCUCGUGUAAUUUUAUCAGCUCUUCCUCUUACACGAUUAAGAGAUAAAGAUUUGAUUGAGGAGCACACAACAAUAGCAGAUAAACACUGUGUCAGUCACUUCUUUGGAAGAGUUUGUGACAAUGCUUCCUCCAUUUAAAUGCUUUGAAGGUUUGCGUUCUGCCAGGGAACUAGUCUCGUCUUGUUUGUCUAUUGAAGUGGUUUCUCUCCGGCUCUUGACUAGACAAACUAUGAGGACGUUUCCACAAUCCUGAGCAGCAACAUUUUCGCUAAGGAAACCUGUUUCUGUAACAAAUCUAUUCUUUGGUUAUUGAUGAUUGUACAAAAGCAACCAAAGGCAAACAAUGGACAAAACUGCCCAUUGUUUGAUGCGAGAUUGGAGAAGUUUAGUUAUGAGAAAUGGUUUGGCUUUAAGCUUUGAGCUAUAAAGCAUUAAGCGCCGGUCCACAGUAGAUCACGUGACAGUGCAUCCAUCCGGCCUGCGGGGGGCGCUGUGGCUCUCAGUCCUGUGCACUGUGGAUGACGUCACCUGGUUGUAUCGCGUUUUGUAAUUAGUGUCAUCAUUACCAACCGUGUUUGUUUGCUUGUAUUUAAGGAUGGAAUGAGCGCUCUACGACCUCUAACUCUACUGCCUCUCUUCCCGUCGAUCAAGCGGAACUACCUCUCAGACGGUUGCCAUGACAACCAAGACCCGACACCCCCCUCCCCCCGCAUUCUCCGCUGAUUCGCCGGUGGUUUCCAGGCAACAGCUAUACAAAUCCAGGAAAACACCCGGAAAAGACCCUGGGCCAUGGAAUAACUCGAACUUAAGCAGAAUAGAAGGGUGGAAACAUGGCGACCUCUUCGCUUCCUCUCUUAGAAAACACAGACUCUCUGAAGCUGAAGGUGGAAAACAAAACGAGGAACAUCUUUGUGACACAGUCGGCUCAGACCAGACUCAGAAAAGAGAGAAAUGUCAACCACAUACCUGUUGUAACAGAGACGUCUAGUAGAAUUCUAGAGGCAGGAGUGAACACAUUGCAAAAGACCCUGGUUCUGAAGAAACAGGCUGAGUUGGACGAGGUGGACAAGCAACUUGCACUGAAACGGCAGGAGUUUAAAGGGCAGGUGGAAGCUCUGGCUCAGAAACGGUCUGAACUGGAACUGAAACACCAGCAGACCAAAGACAGGGCCAUGAAAUUUGAAAAGUUCGUGGCUGAAAACGAGCUGAAGCGGCGGCGGGCGCUGAAGAAGUUCGAGGUCACGCGGGAGCAGAACAUCCUGAAGCAGGCGGAGAUUGAAGAGCUGAGCAAUGGGCUCAGACGGCUGCAGACCAGAGGUCAAGUUUUAAAGGAGAGAAUUGCAAAAUAUAAAAUCUAUGAGGACUACUUGAUGAGAACACUGAGUCAUCUCCCCAGCAGUAAGUUAAAGGCUGUUAUUGCCAGGGAUCAUGUAUAUAAACCUGUUCCUGUUCACACGAGCUGCCAGAUGGAACACAUCGCACGAUUCUGUCCAGGUUACCUCGAUAACGGCUCUGAGUCUUUGGUGAUGCCAAUCAUUCGGCGCCACGAGACUCUGUCCAUCAUCAACCAGGAGCUGCUGCGGCGCCUGGAGCGUCUGGAGCUGGAGACGGAGCAGGGUCAACAGCGGCUGCAGACCAUGCAGCAGGAGCACAGCGUCAAAUCACUGUUGGCCAACAAAGAACUGUCUGAACUUCAGAGCGAGUUAGAGGUUCUUAAGGAGAAAAACAAACAGGAGGAGGCGAACCUGCUGAUGGAGCAAGGCCUCUCCAGGGAGAAGGUCGAGGAAGUGGGAAGAUUGCUUAUGGCCAUCAGUAACCUAGCAGAGCAGUGUUACCUGCCGGCAUAUGGACCUCUACAAAACAUGAACCUACUGACGAUGCUGGAUAUGGUGAAGGAAUACAUCCUGGACAAGGCCGACACCGAGAGGAGAGCGAGGAAGCUGAUGCGGUCGGCGUCUGCAGCGACGAACAAGGCGGCAGCUGUAACUGACAAGAGGUGGAGGGGAUCGAAGAAAAGCAUCGACAGUAAAACGCACUUGAAAAGUUCAAGUAAAGUCAGUAAAAAAAGUGACUCGGUGAAUUGACAGUUUGUUUUUGCUCCAUUCCCAAAGAAACAAUCAAACAGGAAACCAACCGCAGCAGCUAGAAAAACCAGGCCAUCACAUUUUUCCCAUUUGUGGGAUAGUUAUAGUAUUAAAAGCUCUUAAUGGCAUGCGCUAAUGUUUGCACUAAUAUUUUUCAUACUUAAAAUGUAAUUUAAGCAAAUAAUAGUUUUGUAAAUCAGAAAACACAAAAGUGUGUAUUUGUAUUACAAAUUAAAAAUAUAAAGGACACAGGAAAUUAUGCAGUAAUUGUGCUCUAUCGAUUUGUACUUUAAAACUAUCAAUAAUAAACAAUUUCAAAGUUUA